AUGAUCCACAACGUCGACCUUGCGGAUGACGUUAGGAUGACGAAGAGCUCGCAACGUGUCGAUCUCACUGAGAUCAUCUCAGUACGAAAGAGCGCUUUUCUUGUUUUCUUCGAUUCUUUGUGCCACAAAGUUUGUGGUACUCGUUCCCCAAGGGUGAUCACCCGGAACUUACGCCCUCCCUCAGAGACAACGCAAAACACCACACGGCAUGAUGAAACUCGAUUAGUGUGCGCAGAGGAUAAAUCGGAUGCUGAUUCUGCCACUGACCAGCAAACCGAUGACGAAACCGACGAAGGGGAUAACGUUAUGUUCGACAUCCCUCCCGAUCUAUUCUGA